CCUGGUAGCAGUGGGACCAGCCAGACAUGAGGCAUAACUGGGGAGAGCCGAUGCACUGGGACUUUGACAUGUAUAUUCGGAACCGUGUUGAUACAUCCCCCACUCCAGUUCCCUGGCACACCAUGCGCAAACACUUCCUUAUCUUUUUGAGUACCAUGCUGAUCAUGUUUGGUCUUGGAGAGAUCUUUCCAGCUUACAGGCCUGUGGGACCGAAGCAAUAUCCCUUCAAUGACCUGUACCUGGAGAGAGGAGGAGACCCCAAUAAAGAGCCACCAGUGGUGACGCACUAUGAAAUCUGAAAGUUGAAGUGCUCUGUUUCUCCUGUGUCAGCUCUGCUGGGGAUGGCAUCUUCUCUAGCGUUCACUGUGGCAUAUAACACUUGUUCUUCAAUGUUCAACCACUAACUCCAGUGAAAUAUAUCAAUGAUACCUA